CUAGGAAGUAAACACAGCGAAGUGAAAGUAGUGUGUUGCAAAAUGUUUGCUGUCAAGUGUUUUCCCUAAUUUGAAGUGAUAUUUCCUGUAUAAAUGCUUUAAAAUGGAAAUUUAUGUCGCAAUUUCCGAUUUCACACCACCGAUUGUGGACGGUUCUCAAAAUAUCCUGCAGUUUGAAAAGGGCGACCAAUUUGAGAUUUUUGACUGCCAUAAAACUGAUGCGGACUGGUGGGGUGCCAGGGCACUGAAAACGAAUACAGUAGGAUAUGUACCGUCUAGAUACAUGCAGUAUGAGGAAAGGAGAGUAGGAAAGUUACUGCCCAAUAAUUACAAGAGCGAGAAGGAGUGUUCGUUAAAGAAGUUAACUGCCAUACAGAACGACCCAAACCAAAAAUCCCCAGAAGACAUGUACAGUGAACAGGAGGAGCCAGAGCCCGACUACCACGAUGAGGUGUUCUUAUUGGCUGCUGGAAAAUAG